ACGCAAAAAGAAUUUUGAAACAUUUUUGUGGCGAAGGAUAACAAGUGUUAAGUCAAAAUGUAUCGCUCAAGUGCCGCCGGUUACGAGAACAAAUACUCAACCAUCAUCGCUGUACUCUGCUUAUUGCUGACCUAUACGCAAGCAGCUAUUAACAACAGCAACAACAAUGGCAACUCAGCACGUCCAAAUGGUCAAUAUUCAAGUUAUCAGCAAAAUGACGCCGCUGCGGCAGCAGUACCAACAACUUAUUUCACAAAUAAUCAAAAUCAAUAUGUGCACAACAAUCAGCAACAGCAACCACAUUACCAACAACAGCAACAACAACAACAUUACCAACAGCAAUCACAGCAGCAGCAGCAACAUCAACAGGAUUUCGCAAAGGAAAAAGACGUUUUGGAGCGUUUCCAUCAUCGCUUCCCGGAUGGCAGUUAUGAAUUCAGAUAUGAAUUGGCCGAUGGUACGGCGCGCUAUGAACGAGGCUAUUUCCUUAUCUACGACAAAAUAAAGACGCUCGUUGUGGUCGGUUAUUACUCUUAUCGUCAGACGGAUGGUCGCUACAUUACAGUCUUCUAUAAUGCGGAUCAGAAUGGUUACAGGCAAAAUCAAUCAAUCACACCACAAGUCUACCCAAAUCUGCCACGCUCCAUCGAGGUGCCACAAUUCAAGGAGAGCAUUGAUUAUGCCACAGAGAGGCCGAACAAAGGACGUCAAUAAUUUUGCAAAGCAUAAGCAAAAACAAC